AUGCAAGUUCAAAAACGCGUGAACCAGAUUCGACAUCAUUUGGCGAGUACCGAUACGUCUUCGUCACUACGGGUGCCGCAUCAUCCGGAUCUUCCGCCGUACAUGACACCUCUGAACCCAGUCCGGUUCUUGCUGCGUAGUGCCCAAACGUAUCCCAACAAGGUAGCGGUCAUCGACGGCGAGAAAAAGUAUACCUAUGCCACCUUGGCUGAACGAUGUCUUUGUCUGGCCAACGUCCUUUUGAACAUGGGAAUCAAGAAAGGCGAUCGAGUGGGGAUCUUAUGCCAGAAUCUCCCUGCAGUAGUGGAGGCACACUACGCCGUUCCUGCCAUUGGCGCUAUCACGGUACCUCUCAAUACGCGGUUGGCCUCGGCGGAAAUCGAAUACAUUCUCAACCACUCUGGCACCACCGUGCUGCUUGUGCAAGACAUAUUCCUUGAUCAGUUGUCGGAAAAAGCCAAACAACAUCUGAAACUUAUUCAUGUGGCUGACAGUCCUAAUAACCCGUAUGACCAGACCCUGACUACGGGCAUGCAUCAAAAAAGUUGGUAUGAAAUCUGGGUGGAACCGAAAGAAACCGACACCAUUUCCGUAAAUUACACAUCGGGAUCGACGGGACGCCCCAAAGGGGUGCAAGCCACUUAUCGCGGAGGCUACAUGACAGCCAUCGCUGACAUUAUCCAUAUGAAUCUAACCUUUCACAGCGUCUUUUUGUUCACCGUUCCCAUGUUUCACUGCAAUGGUUGGGCUUACCCCUGGGCGCUGGUGGCUACGGGCGGAACCCAGGUGAUGCUGGCCAAGAUGGAUUAUGGUGUUAUCUGGAAACUGUUUGAAGAAGCCGGUGUGACACACUAUGGUGGUGCGCCAACCGUGCAGGCGGAAAUCAUUAACCAUAGUCUGGCUCAUCGAUUGCCACGACCAGUGACCGUCAUGGUGGGAGGCUCGCCUUUGGCAGGUUCCGUGAUCAAGAGGAUGAGAGCGUUGAAUAUUCAUCCAGUCCAUAUUUACGGAUUGACGGAAACCCAUGGUCCAAGUACCGUUACGUAUGAGCCGUCGAUAAUUGACCAUCUACCAGAGUCCGAGCAAUAUCGUCACUUAGCGCGUCAAGGUCACGCUAUGGUGGUAACGGACGAAAUGCAAGUGGUGGAUAGAGACACGGGCAAGGCUGUGCCUUGCGAUGGAGAAACCAUCGGCGAAGUUUGCUACACAGGCAAUCAACUCAUGUCAGGUUACUUUCGUGAUCCUGAGGCGACCAGGGUCGCAUUUCGGAAUAACAUGUUUUGGUCCGGCGAUUUGGCCGUGCAGCAUCCAGACGGCACGAUUGAGCUGGUAGAUCGAAGCAAGGAUUUGAUUAUUUCUGGCGGAGAGAAUAUUUCUUCAAUCGAACUUGAAAACACCUUGAUGGAGCUGGAGCCAAUACUAGAAUGUGCGGUGGUGGCUGGUCCAGACGAUCGUUGGGGUGAACGACCCUAUGCCUUUAUCGUGAUCAAAAAGGGCCAAUCUCUCACCGACGAUCAAGUUAUCAAACACUGCCGGUCAAGACUCGCAGGGUUCAAGUGCCCUUCAAAGAUAAAAUUUGUUGACGUUAUUCCCAGAACUAGUACCGGAAAAAUCCAGAAAUUCGUCUUGCGUAACGAGCUGUGGAAAGACCGUGAGAGACGCAUCAACUAG